AUGAGUUCCGCACUUUGGUAGGUCUUCCAUAAGGUUUUCGAGAUUGAAGUAUGAAAAUUUAGGCUUUGCGCUUUGAUGGCGACUGUUAGUGGUCAGCUUCUGCUGCCACGACCAGUUCUGGCGGCUCCAUUGGCUCGACCUCUACUUGCCCCAGCUCCUCUCUUGGCUCCAGCGGUGCCACUGGCUCGACCUCUCCUGGCUCCAGCUCCCCUUCUUGCUCCCGCUCCUCUGCUUGCUCCAGCUCUUCCUCUGGCCGCUCCGAUCAUUUCCAGAGUCGGAAUUGCCAUGCCAGCUGCCGUAGCCGCUGCUGCUGUCGCUCCUCCACCUCCACCAGCUCCUGAGUUCCAGCAAGGUCCUCCUCAGCAGUAUCCACCUCAAGGACAGCAGUACCCCCCACAGCAGCAGCCUCAGUACCCACCUCAGGCUCCGCAGUACCCUCCUCAGGGUCAGCCUCAGUAUCCUCCGCAACAGCAGCCUCAGUACUCGCCUCAGCCUCAGCAGUACCCUCCUCAACAACAGCAGCAGUUCCCACCCCAGCCUCAGCAGCAGUACCCACCUCAGCAACAGCAGUACCCACCUCAGCCUCAGCAGCAGCAGUACCCACCUCAGCAGUACCCUCAACAAUACCCUCAGGCUCAGCAGAACCCACUCCCACCACCGCCACCAGGACCAGGACCUCAGCGCGCCGAUUCCAUGGUCCCACCGAACGACGCCUCUUUCUUCGGUCGUCCAGCUCAAGCCACCUUCGCCCAGGCUGUCGACUCUUCGCCAAACUUCCCGGCCUUCACCGAAUUCCGAAGCGUUCCUCUUGCGGCUCCCGGCGGACAAGGUGGACCAGGCGGACCAGGUGGACCUCAGCGAAACCCAGAGGGAGCUGGACCAAUUCCGUCGGCUCCCGGCGUCCAGAUGACCGCUCCGGCGGCUAUCGCUCCCGUCUUCUCGCCAUUCGUCCGUGCCAAUUACUUUAUUGGAAGUAACAAACCUUGAACGAUUUUUUUGAACGAAAAAGUUUAUUUAAUGUUGUCUGUAUAUUAUUGGUGAUUGUCGAUAAAUUAUUUAAAGUUUUUGUGUUGAAGAAAAUAUGGAAAUUUUUUUAAAAAGAAGUUGAAGUAUUUGGAGAACACGGAAGCGAAUUACCAGCUCAAAACGUUUUUGAACCCAUAUUUUUGAGUUUAAUACUUCUAAAAAAAGAAAAACUUUCCCCUAGAAGUCUCUCUCAAUUUAAAAAGAAAACAUGAAAAAAAAUGUAAUCUUUUUGGGUUUUUUGUCUCCAAACUGGUGAAUAAUUUUGUUUGAAGUCGCUCUGCUCUAG